AUGCUCACGUUCCACAAGCGCAUGAGCAUCGUCACCGACACCCUGAGCAGAGCGAGCACCCAUCUCAACCAUUUCCUGUUCGUGUUUUUCCUGGUAAUCCUCGCGUUUGCCGCCCUCACGUGGCUCCUCGUCGGGUCCAGCACGAAAGAGUUUUCCACCCUGGAGGAUGCGUGGCGGAGCGUGAUCCGCAUCUCCCUCGGGGAGUCCGAGAAUUUCUACCCGCAGAUCUUGGAUGCGCAGCCCACGGUCGGACCGGUGGUGGUGGUGCUGUACCAGGUCCUGGGCGUGGUGUUGCUGCUGAACGUGGUGAUCGCUAUCCUUCUCGAGGCCUACCGAGGAGUUGCAAGUGGUAUGCACGGCGAGGACACCAUAUUCCAGUCGUUCAUCGCCUUCGUCGGCAUGUCUUGGUGUUCGCUGACAACAAGAAUACGCUGGGCCACCGCCUGCAUCCGGUGGCGUCUGGGUGGACGAAGAAACACGUCGCGUCCGUCGCUCAAGAUAUUCUUGCAGGGCUCUACCGGGGUAUGCGGGGUGGAUGGGCGGCCUGUGGUGAUGGUUCGGAGACCGCCAGAGAGCUCGACGAUACUGGGAAGGCAGCUGUCUUUCAACUGCCCGCGGUACAUUACGGUAACCGAAAUGCAGGCACUGAUCGAAGCCACCCCGGUCCCGGCUCGCGUGGCCGACCGGUUGGUGAGGAAGAUCGUCCACGAUUGGGUUUUCCGAAGCGACGAAAGGAUCACCGGAGGCAGUUUUCAGUCGCCGUCGUCCUCGGGAGAGUACGGCAACGGCACCGGUGGCGGCAACGGCGGUGUGACGGCAACGAACCUCAGGAGAACGUCCAGCACUGACUCGUCACGGCCAAUGCAGCGGCGGCCGUCGUCGUCUACCGCCUCCCGAUAGACAGCGUAUUGAGGGCGUUUCCUUUUCCAGGGUGUCCCAAGACUAUGGCAUGGACAAGGUCGUGUCGGGAUAUCCUCACACAGGACGGGGAUCAGAUGUAUGUUUCAUCGCCGGGUAUUGCCGCGUGUUGACUUUUCAGUGAUGUUCUCCAGGAGGACUACCCUUUCUAUCGUCCGUCUAGCAUCCUGUGGCACCUCUGCAUGAUGGGCUUUUAGAAGGUGUUGGUCAUGGCAAUAGCGUUCGGUCCGGCUCAGUGUGCGCCAGGCUAGGCGGUCUAGGAACGGAAACGGAGCCGACUCGGCGUGUACAGGUUUUAAGCGAUUCUUCUCUUGUUCACGCUUUGUUGUGGUUUAUUUGUUCGUCCGUUCUCCGGUUCAAUCCUUAGAAUACCGCUAAAGCUGGCGCGCUGAAGAUGUCUCCUUAUUCAUAAUCGUCACAGCAGGGGGCGCUGCGGGUGAUCACGCUGUUGUUUAUCGUACUGUUGAGAGAGGGGGAUUUGCAUGUGAAGCGUUGGAGCUUCAUAGUAGUUGAAGGCGUCCUGCGAGUCGGCGUCGUUUCCCUAUCAAAGUUUAUUGUGUUGUUGUUGGUGUGUUGCGUGCGUUCCCGAUGUUUGGCGCCUCCCGGCGGCUUGCAACGACGAACAACCGGCAACAAAGAUCAAACGGGGCGGCGGUUUUCCCGGGGAUAAUGGCAAUAUUUUGAUUUUUUUCUCACCUGUGUCAUGUGCUUGUAUUAGAUUCUGACACCAUUCGAAAUGUAUGCUUCGUCUCGAGCCCCUUGCGUAUGUGUAUCGCCGGCGUGCACAAGAUUCGGAUAUUAUCAAUAUCAAGCAUAUAUGAGGCGGUCAGCGUACGAUAUUAUGGUACAUGUACUGUAGGAGUUGUCAACUGCGGGUUACAGUUUGUUGCUCUGUCUCUGUCUCGGGGGCAUUUUCGUAUGAUGAACGACGCUCGCAUGCGUACUCUAGAGCUUAAGAGACAUGCAGGCACGAACGUGCAGCGUUUCAACAGUGAUAUUUUCGACCUUUCAUUGU